GAAAAACAUCCGAAUGGAAGGAAACACCAGCAAGGCUCCGAAGGGCGAGUGCGCCACGUGCGGCAAGCUGGUGUCUAAGUCAAACAUGGCCAAGCACCGUAAGGUGUGUGGCAAAAAGAAGGCACCCAAGACGCGCAAGGUCAUCAACCGCCAGUCUUACAAGCGCCAUAAGGACAAAAUCCUGAACAAGCGCUUCGAGCAGAGAGUGUUCAACCGGUUUCGUCGUCUCGAGGUUGCCAGAGAACAGCUUGUUACAAUGAGCAACAAGCCUCUCGAUGUUGAGCCUAUACCAGUGAAGAAAUGGAAACCUGCGCCAAGCACGAGUCUUCUUCACGGAAUUAGCAAGGAUCCGAAUCUCUUUGCGUUCUGUCUCAAUACGCUUCGGGAGCGGUGCAGGAAGUUGUACAAGAUCGGACCUGCUUAUGUGGAGUGGCCCAAGUUCUACAAAGCGAUAAUGUUCACGCUUCAUCCUGAAAAAAUUCCUUCAGCGGCUUGUGACUUCGGGAGUUCGACGCAAGAGAUUUACGAUUUCAAGCUCGAAACGGUAACCGCGUUCAAUCAAUUGAAAGUCCAACUCGAAGCGGACACGGACGACCUUACAGAAGAGGUUGCGGACGGAUUAUCGGAUGCAGCAUACGAGCGUGAGAUGAACCGAAUUCGUAGGGCCAAACGGGACAAAGCAGAAGGUGAAGCCACGUUUAGCCAUCUCCAGGAUCAGUUGCGGAUGUACCGUAAACGAGUGGAAAAGCACCUCGCAUCGGUUUCUCUCCAUGCAGCCAACUUUCAAGCGAAACAAGAGAAAGCUCAAGCCUUGCGAGACGAAGAACUUGCCAAACUGAAAAAGGUGAUUGAAGAGUUCGAGAGUAAAGGUCCGUGCGCGACGUAUGACGAGUUCAAGAAGUCCGAGAAUCAACGUAGGUCUAAUGUCCAGCCAGUGCAAGAGUAGGGACGCGUCUAUCCCCCCAGACAUAACAGUAGUGAAUUAUACGAGCUUCACCACUAA